AGUUCCAGUUCCCCACGUGGUUCAUCUCCAUCUCGUUCGUGAUCGCUCGUAAAGGUCUUGGUCGAAAUCGUUGUCAGCAAAGCAAUUGUCGCCUCGUGACACUUUUCGCAAUCCUUGACAUUCGAAGUGGUUGCCUCGCAUAGAAUCGCUGCAGUUUUCCUUGGUUGUCUUGCUGAAAGCCAAGAGGCUCAGAGUUCUAGAAGUAAGUGUGGUUAUGGAUAGGUGUGAUUUUUUCGCUAGUUCCGAAAACCAAAUUCGUUUUUUGUAUCUUUAAUUUUCUGCGUUCAUUCCAGAUUCAGAUUGUCAUUCUGAAUGAGAAUCUCACCACGCACUGCCUGUAUUUGCCGAGUUCAUUGCACUUUGUGUUCAUCUUGUAGUGUGUUGGUGGUGUUUCAUAUGUCCUUCUAAUCGCAAACGCAAUGAACGACGACCCUAUCAUCACGGACGCUCUCUCGUGUGAGCUAUGUUUUGCAGAAAUCUCGGCAGACGAAGGAGAGACGAGAUUGACCUGCCAGUAUGGACACUCGUUUCAUGACGCGUGUGUCGUCGCGCACCUGAGACGUUUGCCGGCCUACCAGUUGCGGUGCGUGCAUACCCUCCCUUGCCUGGUUCCAGGUCACUGUUUUAGCAAGGAUGUGCGGAAGCAGUUCUGUCAGCGAGUUCGUGCCGACACUUGUGAACCUGUCUUGGAUGCCGACGAAGUGGCUGUGGCGAAGCGGGUACUCCUUUAAUUGAUGCUGCGUUGUUGUAGCUCUGAUUAGUUUUUAUUUUAUGUGGAGGAUGUCGUGAUCGCUCAUGUUCUGUAGCGCAGUAGCCUUACUACGAACGGAGCGGUACUGUGAAAGAAUACUUACAUCAUCGCCGAUUUUUUCUUUUUCGUGAAUCACAAUAUGUGACCGAGAUUGAUAGGUCUAUAUCAUGGUUGAUUUUCUUUGUCCUGCUUCUUCUUGCAAUUCAUUGCUAUUGCGGAAUUCCUGCAACCAGUCUAUAAUCUACUGACAGUGCCUUCACAUGGGGGUUUGCCAGGAGUGCCUCGAAACGUGCAACACAGCUACCGAAACUUGUACACCUACAGCGGAUGGUGAGUGCGUCCAUGACAGGUGUGUUGUGAAAGCGAUCCUGAGACGCAAGGACGCCGGUCUCUUGCCGGAAAGCACUGGUGCGAACGAGCAGAGCAUCCGGGUAAUCAACAAACAUGAAUUUCGCACUACCGAUCUAGCUUCCUUACGCAAUCGCAUUGCACAGAAGCUCAUCUUCCCGUCGCUGAACGUCACUACCGAGAUUCAGAUCCGCUCGUUGCUCAAGUUCAAGGACUGCGCGGCAUGCGGAAAAGUGAUCGACGACCUCACGGAGACAAGCGUCUGGGGAUACAAGAAAAUCAUUCUUUCUCCUCUGAUCGAACCUGAUCCUAUUCCUCACGGCCUGACGGAUCCGGACGCAAUAUUUGCUGCAGUGGUGCCUCACUGGAGGUAUGAAGAGCAACAGCGGAAGCGGACUGAACGGGUGGAUCGUUCAAACAACAAGCUUCGUUCUAGGACAGCCGCUCCAGCCCACGAAGACACGCUCUUUUGGCACGAUAAAUGCUUUCUGGAGCAAGCCAUCCAGCGGAAGACCGAUCCGCAGCAACUUCCGCACCACGAGGAAAACGCGUUGAAGCAGCGGAUGGUGUUGAAAACGUCGCGGCCACCGCUGCCGUUGGACACUCUUAACCAAGGCAUCAAGAUGUACGGCAUUGUCCAGUGCAAAGUCUGCGCCGCAGAAGUCAAAAGCGGAGACACAUCGCUCCAGGUGAAAACCGCGGACGGGCACCACGGCGCGGUACAUGAUUACUGCUGGAUUCAUGCUGAAUCUCGGAUUCGGCUCACAUCCAUCAGCUGUGCGGAGGCCGUUGCUAAUACCCCUGUCGCCGUUGCGGACGUACUGACACAAGUCUCCGCCUCCGAGCUGCUGAACUUGCAGAAUCGCGUGCGUGCUAACCGCGUGAUGGUUUGCAGUUCAGGAACAACGCUGGCCGCAGGCGCUGGGGCCCCUGUGCAGCGGAAACCAUUUCUGUCGGAAACAGGUGGUACACUGCUGAAAGCGCAAGCCUUUACCCUUUUCGGGAUGGACGGUUGCGAGGCCUGCUUCCGGGAAAUCGGAACAGCAGAAACAUGCGUGACAACCCUAAAGGGCUUCAAAUUUCACUGCGUUUGCUACUUGAAGGCCCUCGUGGAGUUGCCAUCUUCCCAGGUGAGUGUACAGUCCAUCGCCGGGACCGGGAUGCAAGUGAUUCACGUCGAGGAUCCGUGGCUGCAAGUGUCGUCCGAGGAGGCCACGAUGCUCCGCCACCGCGUAUUGGACGAACUCUGCACUCCGGCCGUGAAGGCCAACUGCGUGGAGGUGAAGGCGAAGCAGCUGCUACGCAUUCCCGUGUGCGGGAAGUGUUUCGGUGUCGUCAAAGAGAGCGAUGAGGCUGUAUGCGGGAGCGCCACAAACGCAGAUCAAGACCAAACUGUUUUGCACGCUGAGUGUUUUGUCAACUCCUUCGCUAUUCCGGACCAAUCCCGUUUGCGCAAGCACCUCCUGGCGAACCGGCCCACUGUGACGCUCAAGGGGAUCAUCUUCCAGACGUCCGAAAUUUCGAAAAUCGGGCGGCGGGUCUGCAACAUGCCCGAAGAAGUCGAAGACGCUGACACAUCCGCCCCCGGGUCGGCCUCUGAUUCGUCGCCAUCUUCGCCUGUUGAUGAGGUCCAGGGAACGGAAUGCCCCGCAGCGCCUGCGGCGACCAGCACGGCGACGUGUUUCCAGGCUUUGCUCGUCCGCGUGUGCGGACAGGCGUGA